CGUGUUCUCAGUUGAGAAACCAAAACCCUCUCGGAAACCCAGCGGCUGCUCCGGCGGCGGCGCGUUGAGAUGGCUGACGACGCGGGGGUCGAGCAAGCCGCGGUGGCGGCGGGGGAAGGGGCGCAGCCACCUGCGCUGUCGAAGAGCGCGAGGAAGAAGCUGCUGAAGCAGGAGCGCCAGGCAGAGCGGAAGGCGGCCCGCAAGGCGGAGGAGAAGGAGCGGCGGCGCGCCGACGUGGAGCGGCGGAGGCGCGAGUGGGAGGAGGCGCUUGCCGCCGCGCCCUCGGACGAGGCGCGCGCCGAGAUGGUGGCGGCGCGGCGGGAGACGCGGCGCGAGCGGGUGGGCCGGCGGGCGGAGGAGCGCGGGGCCCGCGCCGAGCGGCUCCGGCGCGCGGCCGAGGGCGCGGGACAGAAGGUGGUGCUGGACCUCGAGUUCGCGGACCUCAUGCGGCCCAACGAGAUCCAUAGCCUCACGCAGCAGAUUAUGUACUGCUAUGCAGUGAAUGGGAGAUCUGCAAACCCAGCUCACCUGUGGUUGACAGGUUGCAGUGGAGAAAUGGCGACCCAUCUUCAGAGAAUUCCUGGGUAUGAUAAGUGGAUCAUUGAAAAAGCAGCCAAGCCUUAUCUUGAAGCAUUUGAAGAUCAUAAAGAAAACCUUGUGUAUCUUACAGCGGAUGCGGAGACUGUGCUUGAUGGUCUAGACAUGUCGAAAGUAUACAUCAUUGGUGGCCUGGUUGAUCGAAACAGAUGGAAAGGCAUAACACUGAAAAAAGCAGCGGAGCAGGGUAUUCAAUCUGCAAAGCUUCCUAUUGGAAACUAUCUAAAGAUGUCAAGUUCCCAGGUUCUUACAGUUAACCAAGUGUUUGAGAUAAUGCUAAAGUUUGUGGAAACAAGGGACUGGAAGACAGCAUUCUUCCAUGUCAUCCCACAGAGGAAGCGAGGAGAAGCUGGAGCUGGAGAUGGUGAGGCCAAAGUAAGAUUGGACGACAAUGAUGAUGUAGCUGAGGGAGCCAGAAACGGAAACCUUUCCGAGGAAGACCUGGAAAAGGUUCUCGAUGAAGUGGACGAUGAUGAUGGGGUUGAGGAGCUGGAAGACGAAGAAACGGAUGUGUCCAACAAGAGGCAGUGUGUUAGACAUGAGGACGCGGGAGCUGGGGAUCAGGAUCGCUCCGGUGCUGUAGCAGAGGCGACGCCAGCCGGGGUAGAGGCUACACCGCAGGCUGGGCAGGCCAAGGAAUCAAACGACAGAGGCGAGGACUGAAGAACAGUGAACCCCACGUUUGUCACUAUUUUGCAGACACCUUUAUUUCUCGGAAUUUUGGGCGUCCCUCUGUGAUAUCCAUGUAAUACCUCGUGUAUUUGGACCUAGGGGCGGUAGAGCAUCCUAAAAUUAAAAAUUUAGCCUAGAUAAUCGAAGAGAUGUUUCUAAAAAGAUCGGGUUCUAAUCUUAUACAAUUUUGAAUUAAAAUUAUCUAA